UUCGUAUUAGGCCUAUACCGUCUCAGCAUUACUACUAUUCUAUCUUUCGACAAUCUAACGAUGGUUAAAACUUGCAAACUAGUAGUGUGUGGUGCACCGGGUGUUGGAAAAACUACAAUUUUAGAGAAUGCGAUAUAUGGGGAAUAUGCCAGCAAGGAUAUCAUGCACACAAGAGAAGAUUGUUAUCUUGCUCAAAUAGAAACAGAUCGCGGAGUCAAAGAACAAGUUCGUAUUCAAGAUACAUCUGGAAAUGACUGGCUGAAUCCAAGCACUUCUGGAAAACAUUAUCUUCAUUUUGGUGAGGGCUUUGUUCUUGUUUAUAGCAUCUCUGACAGAGAAUCCUUCAGAUGUAUUGAAGCAAUUAAAAGAGAGAUUGACAGAACAAGAGAAAAGAAAGAGGUUGUUAUCGUCGUAGUCGGGAACAAAACGGAUUUACACAAACAAAGACAAGUCGAUGCAAUGAUGGUGCAAAAAUGGGCAGCGAAAGAGAAAGUGAAAAUCUACAAUUCAACAAUGACGAACAGAACCAGUGUGGUCGAACCAUUCACAUAUGUGUGCAGUAGACUGACUCAACCACCGCAAAAAUCUACACUACUGGGAAGCCGAAGGUUGAAGCAAACAUCAGUGGACUGAACUCAAGAUUCUGAUAUCAUUGACUCACAGUAUUACUCAAGAAAAACGGAGCUAAUAAAGUUGCUUAUGUGCCACUGUGUAUGCCACAACUGCUCUGGUAUUGCCUCAAGAAGAAGUAAAUCUUUGCUUCAAAGAAAUACAUGCUUAUGCAAUCCAAUCAUGAUGGCCCAAAAACCUGAUUGAUUGAAUACAUUCUAAAAUGGCUGGUUCGGCAA